AUGUUGAUCCUAUGAAGCUGAAUACAGAACUAUUAGACGAAGUAGACAAGAAACGAGUUUAUGUUUGACCAGUUGCCUUUAUUACGAACUUAACACGAUCUAUACAUUUUUUAUUGAAGUCGAAGCACUCCUAUUUUUAAGAGAGACUGGUAAUGCAAAUUGUUUGACCCUACAAGAUCCAGAAUGAGACGGCGAACACAAGCCUGCGCGAAGGUAACAUACUCGAGUGAACCUGGAGUAUCAGCCCAGCUCAGGCACCUUGGCAGAAUGGAUCCAGAGAGGCGCAGUCACCAGAGGGAGUAUGGAGAACUAGAGAGGCGCAGUCACCAGAGGGAGUAUGGAGAACCAGAGAGGCGCAGUCACCAGAGGGAGUAUGGAGAACCAGAGAGGCGCAGUCACCAGAGGGAGUAUGGAGAACCAGAGAGGCGCAGUCACCAGAUGGAGUAUGGAGAACCAGAGAGGCGCAGUCACAAGAGGGAGUAUGGAGAACCAGAGAGGCGCAGUCACCAGAGGGAGUAUGGAGAACCAGAGAGGCGCAGUCACCAGAGGGAGUAUGGAGAACCAGAGAGGCGCAGUCACCAGAGGGAGUAUGGAGAACCAGAGAGGCGCAGUCACCAGAGGGAGUAUGGAGAACCAGAGAGGCGCAGUCACCAGAGGGAGUAUGGAGAACCAGAGAGGCGCAGUCACCAGAGGGAGUAUGGAGAACCAGAGAGGCGCAGUCACCAGAGGGAGUAUGAAGAUCCAGAGAGGCGCAGUCACCAGAGGGAGUAUGGAGAACCAGAGAGGCGCAGUCACCAGAGGGAGUAUGGAGAACCAGAGAGGCGCAGUCACCAGAGGGAGUAUGGAGAACCAGAGAGGCGCAGUCACCAGAGGGUGUAUGGAGAACCAGAGAGGCGCAGUCACCAGAGGGUGUAUGGAGAACCAGAGAGGCGCAGUCACCAGAGGGUGUAUGGAGAACCAGAGAGGCGCAGUCACCAGAGGGUGUAUGGAGAACCAGAGAGGCGCAGUCACCAGAGGGUGUAUGGAGAACCAGAGAGGCGCAGUCACCAGAGGGAGCAUGGAGAACCAGAGAGGCGCAGUCACCAGAGGGAGCAUGGAGAACCAGAGAGGCGCAGUCACCAGAGGGAGCAUGGAGAACCAGAGAGGCACAGUCACCAGAGGGAGUACGGAGAACUGAGCUCAGGACAAUGGAAGGAUAGCCUUAAGAGAGACAACGGCCAGGCUAUGGCCAGAGAGCUCUACAGUGAAUACUCCAGCAUGAGGAGGAUUAGAGAAGGUUGGGGGGACUAUGGUGCUUCCUCUGAUAUGAGCUACAUAAUGGACCCAUCGUCCAGAGACUGGAGUGAAGGCUCAUUGAGGGGUAGUGGUGCUCCCUUCUCCCCAGACACAGAUGGGGAUGUUGAUGGAGAUCCUGUGGAGCUCAGUGUGGAGGACCUGGAGCUCAUAGAGGAGAAGAGAGCUGUUCUCGCUUUGCAAAAGGUUAAACGCGGAGCUAAGGACAUGCCUAAAACACAGACUGCAUACACAACAGCGAAGGGCAUGUCUAAACCGAGGAAGGCGAACAAUAGAACAUUCAACAGUAAUGUCGCGGACCAGUCGUCACGCAUAUGCCUACCUCUUAAACGGAGGGUGCUGGACAUUCUGAGUAAGGAUACCCCUGCCAAGCUGAAGAAACAAAACAAGAUGCAAGCAUUGGAUCUGAUGAUUAGAGCUCCCCUAGAAAAUGAAGAGGCCCGUCCUCUGAGACUGAGGGUUUUAAUGAACCAGCGACGCUAUCCCGACAAUGAGGUGGUCCCGAAUGAUAAACGGCAAAUUCAGAGGCCAGUUCAUUCACUCAGGACACAGGAGAAAGACAUAGCAGCCACAGGCUUCCAGCGCUUCCUCAAUGUCCUCAAUGAAGGGGUGGACCUCAACAAGCUCUCAAAGAUCGUCAACAACAAAAAUGGGUUACUCAUUGUGGGCGAGGAGCUACCACAAGUUUGGCCGACUCUGCCCGAGGGUCAUGUUGACUCCAGCAGUAGAUCCAAGUCUUCUCUAGUUGAGGAGAAGACGAAGGUGAGGCUUGAGGAUGAGCAGCGGCACGAGCAGAUGCAGACCCUGCUGGAGAUCGUUGGGCUGGACUUGGGGGUUGAGGAGUUGGGUCAGCUGACAGACAGGACCAAUGACAGGCUGUAUGGGAAGAUGGGAGACUUAAAAAGGAAGGAGUUCGAGAAUGAGAAGGGGAAAAGAGAAAAGGGAAAGCGAGCCCUCAUUUAAACAUCUUAGUACUUCCUCAUUACCAUCAGACAGCGCCAGCCCCCUUCUAAACCAGCACUCAAACAUGACCGUUGAAUACAGCAGCUCUAGUGACAGGGUAUGGGACAUAGAGAGAGAUGGGGACAGAUCUGAGAGGGACUGCCACUGACACUCUGGUGCCAGAGACAAGGAAAGAGAGAGGGAGGAGGAUAUAGUCAGAGAAAUGGACAGAUCUGAAAGAGAUUGAGAGCGAGAUGGUCACAGACACUCUAGUACCAGAGAUCGGGACAGAGAGGGAGACGAGGACAGAGUCAGAAAAGGGGACACUCCUGCGAGAGAGAGAUCCGGGCAAAGAUGCUCUCGUACCAGAGAGAAGGACCGAGUCAGAGAAAGGGACAGAUCUGAGAGAGACUGAAAGGGAGACGGGCACAGACACUCCAGUACCAGAGAGAGACAAGGACAUACCGGUAGUCAGAGAAACUAACAGAUCAGAAAGGAACAGAGAUAAAGACCGGGACAAAGACCCAGAGACCGCAACUGCCACACUAUUACUAGAGACUGGGACAUAGAGAGAUCUGAGAGGGUUAGGCAUGGGGAUGAGUCUAUAGACGGCCCCAUUGAGCUCUACUCAUACUCCAUGGACCCUACAUACCCUGUUUCUCAUCCUCCUCAUGCAUCUAUGAUGGCAACCUACUCCCCCACCCAGUACUCUCCGUAGAUGGCAUACCACAGCAGCCCCUACACCAUUGCCUUCCCUCCAGGGAGGGGUUAUCCCCCUGGUACCAUGCCCCCUGAUAUCAUGCUUCCUGGUAUUAUGUCCCCUGGUACCAUGCUUCCUGGAAUCAUGCCCGCUGGUGCCAUGCUGCCUGGUAUCAAGCCCCUCCUACCCCCCUCCAGCUCACAUCUACUCAGCCUGCUAGCAACCUCCAGCUCUCAUCUACCCAGCCUGCUAGCAACCUCCAGCUCUCAUCUACCCAGCCUGCUAGCAACCUCCAGCUCACAUCUGCCCAGCCUGCUAGCAACCUCCAGCUCACAUCUACCCAGCCUGCUAGCAACCUCCAGCUCUCAUCUACCCAGCCUGCUACUAGCAACCUCCAGCUCUCAUCUACCCAGCCUGCUACUAGCAACCUCCAGCUCUCAUCUACCCAGCCUGCUACUAGCAACCUCCAGCUCUCAUCUACCCAGCCUGCUACUAGCAACCUCCAGCUCUCAUCUACCCAGCCUGCUACUAGCAACCUCCAGCUCUCAUCUACCCAGCCUGCUACUAGCAACCUCCAGCUCUCAUCUACCCAGCCUGCUACUAGCAUACUCCAGCUCACAUCUACCCAGCCUUCUAGCAUACUCCAGCUCACAUCUACCCAGCCUGCUAGCAUACUCCAGCUCUCAUCUACCCAGCCUGCUACUAGCAACCAGCUUGCUACUAGCAACCUUCAGCUCACAUCUACCCAGCCUGCUACUAGCAACCUCCAGCUCACAUCUUCCCAGCCUGCCAGCACUCCAGCGGUCUUAAGUCAGAGAUGCACAUACAUCCAGCCCGCUAGCAACCACCAUAUCACAUACACCCAGCCAGCUAGCAACCACAAGGAAAAGAGACAGAAGCAUGCAGAAGCCGUAGUGAAAGUGUCCUGUCAGAUGGUGACAAAAGUCCCCCGUGGUAUUGACCACUCGGAUAGCGACAAAGGAGUCCCCCUCUGAAACAGGGCCUAAGAAAGAACUAGAAGGCGAGGAACCACAUGCUGACGCUGCAGAGAAAGUGCCUCCUCAGGUGACUGCAAUGGACUCUGCGGUCCCCUCUGAAUAAAAUCUGAUAAAAAUGUUGUAUCCAGGUGUCUUCAUGAGGAUUCUAAUCGGAUGUCUAAAGAGGCAUCAGUACAAGAUGAAGGGGAAGCAUCUUGCAAAGAGGAGGAAAAAGGCUUGCCAGUACAAAGGGAAGACACCACUUGUACACACUAAGGAGAAAGUGCCUCCUCUAGAGGCUGCACAGGACUCUGGGGACCCCUCUGAGCCAAAGCCCAAGAAAAAAGAGAAAAAAAACACUAGAGGAAAAAGGAGAUAUAUUCAUAACGGUACACAGAACCUAUUUGACAAGGGGGAAACUGUCAAAGGCGAAAGCGGAUGCUAAAUGCACUGAGGCCAAUUCUGAACCAGCACCCAAGAUGGAAGGGGAGGGAGAAAUGACAAGAAGGGAAGGAACUGCUUGCAGAUACAAUAGAGAAAGUAGUUGAUUACAAAUGACUCUUGGCUUCCCUCUGAACCAGGGCCCAACAAAAAACCAGAAAGAGGAAGAAACCGUUAGAGGAGAAACUGUUUGCAGAUCAUAUGGAGAAAGUGUCUGCAAAGAGCCCUCAGGCCCUCUUGGAACCAAAGGCCGAGAAGGAGAGGACGACGCAAUUAAAGAUGGCGAGAAGUUAUUUUCAGUGUAAUUUAUUGGUAUUGUGUGUAUGUGGUAGGACCUAGGCCGCUCAUAUAUGCUAAGUACCUUUAGCGUCUACUGACGAUAGUAUCUUCUGGCCGGGGGAGUUUUAUUAAGACCCCAGACACUUGCACUAAAUGUUAACAUGCAUCAUUUCACACAUCGUUUGCGGUACGAUUUUGGAAACAUAAACGCCUGUUUAUUGGGUUAGGGUUCCCACACGGCCAUAUUUCCAUGUUCCAGUGCUGGUUUACGGAAAAUGUACAGAGACAGUUGACUACCUGUGCUAAUUAGCGAUCUGCGUCUCCAAAAACCUGUAUAGAAACGGAAGAUGGACACCACAAACUCAUCAACGAAAAAUACUGUCGGCUGCAACUGUUAAAACCAGUUUUAUAAACUGUGGUUUGAGGCCUGAUUUCUGAUUGGCUGAAAGCCAUGGUAUAUCAGACCGUAUACCACAGGUAUGACUAACCAUUUAGUUUUACGGCUCUAAUUACGUUGGUAACCAGUUUAUAAUAUCAAUAAGGCUCCUCUGGGGUUUGGGAUUAUGACCAAUACCACUGCCAAGGGCUGUGUCCAGGCACUCUGCUACCCUCGUCAGGCACUCUGUGUUGCAUCGUACAUAAGAAAAGACCUUAGCCGUGGAAUAUUGACCAUAUACCACUCUUCCUCUGGCCUUAUUGCUUUUAUAACACUGGAGUAAAUGUAUAUUUUGCAUAUGAAAGUAGAUGGCUUUAUGUUUCUAGAACGUUACCUCAAUUUAGAUGGAGUAUUUGGCUGCCAGAGACAAUUCGCCUGUUAAUAAACCAAAUAAGGGUGUGGAGUUUACUUGGUCUGGUCAGGAAAAACUCCUGGCCCUGGACAUUAGUACAUGUGUAUCAAUGCGAUGAAAAGACUAGCUGCGGAAUUAUGUUUGUAAGUUGUCAUGCCAUGCCUGUCAUAGCUAAAAGAACUGCCAAUGUUUCAUUCCUCAGUUUGGUCAGCCCACCGAUUUCUAUGGAUCAUCUUUCACUUUGUAAAUAUGUAAUUGAAUAAAAUAUUCUGUCUAAUA